UGUUCCUCUCCUCUUCAUGUGGAGUCUUGAGUCUUGACAAGCAAAGAAGGAAGGAAACCUCCUCCUCCUCUUCUUCGGCUCCAAAUCAACCAAACAAACACAGCUUCCGACUCUCUCCCUCCCUCCCUCCGCCUCCGCCCAUCCAAUUUCUUACCCCGUUCGACUCCACUCGACUCGACCCGACCCGCAGGAGAGCGGGCGUCGCAAACCCUAGCUCCACCCACACCCACACGCUCAUGCCCCCCAAACCCUAGACCAUGCGCGCCUCCGCCGCCCCCAUGGAGACCUCCGCCUCCGCCCGCAGAUCCGCCGCCCCCGACCCCAAGAAGCCUCGCCUCGCCCAGCACCCCGCCCCCAGGGAUCCCAGAUCUUACCCCGCUGCCGCCAAUGGCAACGCCCCCGCCGUCGACCAGGCGCAGGUGGACGAGCUCGUCGCGCAGUACCGGACCGCCCUCGGGGAGCUCACCUUCAACUCCAAGCCCAUCAUCACCAACCUCACCAUCAUCGCCGGCGAGAACCUCCACGCCGCCAAGCCCAUCGCCUCUCUCAUCUGCGCCAACAUCCUCGAGGUUCCAAGUGAACAGAAGCUACCAUCUCUGUAUCUACUUGACAGUAUUGUCAAAAAUAUUGGAAAAGAUUAUGUUAAACAUUUUUCUGCAAGAUUACCCGAGGUGUUCUGCAAAGCAUAUAAACAGGUUGAUUCUUCCAUACACAAUAGCAUGAGACACUUAUUUGGAACAUGGAAAGGAGUGUUUUCCCCAACUUCACUCCAAGUGAUUGAGAAGGAACUUGGCUUUCAAUCAUCUACUAAUGGAUCAUCAGGCGCUGCACCAUCAAAGCCUGAUUCUCAAUCCAAUCGUCCAUCCCACAGCAUUCAUGUGAACCCAAAAUAUUUGGAAGCAAGGCAGCAGCUCCAGCAACCAAAUAAGGGACAGGGGAUACUGGGAGCUGGGGCCAAGACUACUACAAUUUCCGAUUCUGGUGAUGAUAUUGAGAGGACUAGCAGGACAGCUGUUGAUAGAGGUGCAGGGCGGCGGCUGGAUGCUUUGAACCCUAGGACUAAUGUACAGCGGGCACAAAGGGACCCUUUUAGCAAUCCUAUUCAUGAAAAGCAAGAUAGAGAUAUGAGGGUCCUUGGAUUCUCCAACAUUUCGCAGCAGGCUGUUGUGGGAACUGGUCUUGUUCGUGCAAAACCUAAAGGCCAAGAUGGAAGUGGCGGACCAUAUUAUACUGCUGGAGUUGGUUCUUCUGAAGAACAGUUUGACAGGCGCAGCAAUUUUUAUGCAAACAAGGAUGUUAGACCAUCAGGAUCUGUACGUUUAGAUGGUGCACUUUUGCCAACUCCUGUUAGUAAUUCUGAUAGGAUUGGUAGGCCGUCAUCCAACAAAAGCUGGAAGAAUUCUGAGGAAGAAGAGUACAUGUGGGAUGAUGUACGUUCUCAAGGAGCAGAUUAUGGAGGUACCAGUUCAACAAGAAAAAGAGAAUGGAUACCUGAUGAUGGAAAUGUUGGAAGCUUUCAAAGGGUUAAAUGGGCAGAGGCGGGAGGACCUUUGGACCCUGACCAACACAAAUUAGAUAGCUUCCAAAGAUUUGGAAAUGCGACGGGUCAAGAUAGAAGAAUUACACCAUAUAUGGAUCAUGAAGAGUACCUUCAUGGUAAGCACGAAGUGGAACCAAGAAUUGAUAGGGAAAUGCUCCCGGAAGGACAGCCGUUCUCGUCAUCUCGUGGUUCCUCUCUCUGGUUAUCCCAUGAAAAACCUCUCCCAGACAUUGUGUCAGAUCCUAGGAUAUCAGCGUUUUCCAAUCAGCCAGCGGACAGGCCUACCAUUUAUGCUGGUACCUUGUCAACAAGUAUCACUUCAUCUGUACCUGUUGGGUUGUCAGCAGCCUAUGCUGGACGAUCAAGCCUAGAAAGUGCAGCAACAAGAUCAACUGAGACUAUAGGACAGCAAAAGAAUAGAUAUUGGUCAACUUCCUCACCACCUGUACAGUCACCUUCUGCAUCAUUUGCACGCCAGAGUUCCCCUAGUCCUGUAGAGCUUGAUUACUCUUCCAAACCAUUCUCACAGUUGGGUCAAAAUUCUCUGGAAGACUAUAACCAAAGAACUCAUGCCUUGGCUCAAAACCUUGCACUUUCUCAGGGCAGACCUAAUCUGCUGGGUGCUCCUUCACAUGCCUCCCAGCAGAUUGAAAAGCACCCUUCCUUGCUGCAGUCAAAGCCACAUCUCAGGACACUUGAUCAACCGCAGGCAAACUUUUCACCUGAAAAUUCAUCUUCAGUAUUUAAAUCUUCAAUCCAGCUGCCUAUUUCUGUUGGCGUGGGGCAUCGGCAGCCUGAAGAAGUAUCUCUGUCUAGUGAUUCCACUCUUAUGAGCUCAGAUCAUUUAAGUGCUAGCAGUUUGUUGGCUGGCCUUAUAAAGAGUGGAUUCAAACCGAAUGACCCCAACGAUCUUGCCAGUUUGAGGGCACAACCUCCUCUUCCAAGUGGGCCACCUCCUCAUGUUUCGACAUCUUUUUCAGCUGCUUCCUCAUCCCUGCACCUUCCAGCUAGUGAUACUCUGAAGUCUCAGGCGCCAAACUCUCUGCGCCCACCUUUGCCCCCUGGGUUGCCACUUUCGUCGCCGUUUGUGUGCCCGACAACACAGACCUCGGAGAAAGCUGCACCACUCUCUAGUCUUCUCAGUUCCCUGGUUGCAAAGGGAUUGAUUUCUUCGCCUUCUGCAGAUUCAACUGUAGCGAUCCCACAACAGCCCUGUAAAUCAGAACUGAACACACCAGAUGACACUGCUUCAGCUCCAUCUCUGCCUUUUGUCCAGCCUUCAGUUAAAAAGGAAACAUCCAAUCAAAACUCAUCUGCCCCAUCUAAGGUGCUGGUGCAUCAACCUGUUGAAAUCAAGAAGGAACCUGCAGAAAUCAAGAUGGUAGACCUUAUUGGCUUUGACUUCAAGCCUGAGAUGCUCCGCAAGUACCAUGCACAUGUGAUCAGCACCCUCUUUGAUGACCAAAGUCAUCAAUGUAAUACAUGUGGUCUAAGAUUCAGUCUUGAAGAAGAGCUCUCUGUGCACACUGCGUGCCAUGGAUCGAAGCAAAGUGAGACUAGAAAGACUGGUAUCGCACCUGAAAAAUGGUACCCUAGCAAAAAUAAUUGGGUCGAUAGAUCACAUGAAGUGCAGAACAGCGCCCUGGAGUCUGCUUCUUCUGUUGCAGAUUUGAGCUCUGAAGAGGAAGUUUGUGAAUUCAUGGUUCCUGCAGAUGAGAGUCAGAUUAUCUGUGCACUCUGUGGAGAGUCAUUUGAUGACAUUUAUUCCAUUGAGAAGGAUAACUGGAUGUACAAGGAUGCGGUCUAUUUUGAUUCUUCGAAGACAGAAGGCAGCAGUGGCGACAGUGCUGAGAGUAAAGAGCGUGUACCCAUAGUGCAUGCAAGAUGUAUGUCGAUAAGCUCAAAUGAUGGCAUGGAGGUUGAUUAGCAUUUGUGCCAAACACAGGGGCAGAAGCAGUAGCAACAGAAACAGCUCGAAUGAUGAGAUUGAGGUGGAUUAGCUGGAAAUCUGGUGCUUAACAGAAGCUCAAAUGAAAUGAUGCCACAAAAGUGGGUCAGCGUGAGGGGUGAUCCGCAGCAGCAACUGCAAUGAUGCUGUCGCGGCCAUGACAUGUAGGUGGAUUAGUGUGAAGUUGACAACCUGACGCGCUGCACAAGUAAAUUUUGGUCAAAUGUUUGUGUUCAUCCCUCAGUCACCAUUAAUCGUGGAUAAGGUGCUUACACAGAAUAAAUUCCAAGUCCAGCUCUGGCCUUGUCAACCGAUCAUCCUCGCAAUCGAGAUCUUCGGGGGUCUGAUAUUUGUAUUUUUGGUUCAAUCGAAGGGAAAUGAUCUUUCUGUUCAUAGAAGGCCAGCUUGUAUGUUAAAAAGGAGUGUAUUGUUUCAUUACGAGGGAAAGCAAUAGGUGACGCUGCCAUUGAGUUACUGUUGUUUUUUGGCAAACUUGUUUCAUCUUCCGAGGACUAGAGAUUUUGUACCUAAAAAGAACUGAUAAUAGAACAUCAUGGAGGCAGAAUUAAACUAGUUACUUAUGGCUUGCUUGCUUGAUGUGGGAGUUCUUCAUUGUAGUUCGAUGUUCCUUCCUCCUUGCCAUUGUGAUGCGUAAAAUUGUUUUGUCGUCGGAAGUUGUUAAUUCGGCAGAUGAUAGAUCUGAGUAUUAUAUAAUUCUGUAAUUAAUUGUGAAA